AAUUAGAAGAAAUACUUGAAAAUGAUAAUGAUUUUAUAGAAUAUUUUUCAGAUAAUUCUGAAACAGAAACAGAAUCAUUAAAUGAUUUAGUGAAGAAGGCUCUUAAAUUGCUUGAGCUUAAAGCACAAAAAGGAACCUUAACAAAUCAAAU